AUGUUAAAUUAAAUAAAAGACAAACCACUUUCUUAACUCAUAGCUGAAUUAUAAUAAAAGUAUUAAGAGGACAAUGACUAAUCGAAUAUAUUUUAAUAAAUUUAUCAGAAGCAAUUGGAACAAGAGAGUUCAACAGAUUCAUCUCACUUUUUGCCUGCCUUGCUUUCAGGUUCUACAGGUUCAUAAUCAUCAAACUCUCAAGAAGAUAAUCAAGAACAAGCAUGUUCAAAGGUCUAAAAGAAUAUCAAAAAAGAAAAAAAAAAUAAAAAGACAGGAAAAGUGUCUUAAGAUGAUAAAUAAGAGUUCACUUAAAUCCCUGAUAAAAAAGCUAUGCAAAUGAUCAGAAAUAGAAUAUCAGCUUAGAAUUCUAGAGAUAGAAAAAAGGCGUACUUAUAGAAAUUAGAGGAAGACUUUGUUAAUCAAUCAGCUCAAUUAUCUGAAAUGCAUGGAUAAGUCAUUUAAUUAUAAUAAUAACUAGAAGAAGCCCAAAAAAUUAAUUAGCAAUUACAACAAUAAUACACUUUUCUAACAUGUUUAAAUUGUGGUAGUAAGCAUUUUGGAUAUGAUGAUGAAAAUCCAAUCUCUGUCUCAAAGAACAAAAGUCUUGGAAAAUUGGGGCUUUCGUUUUUAUUUAUCAUUGCAAUUAUAGGAUGCAUUGCAAUCGAUUUAAAUCCUUAAACAUAAAAAUUAAAUACUAUUCAAUCAUAUUAACUACAUGGAAACUAAAUUCGAAAUCUAAAUGCAAGCGAUGAUCAAUUUAGGUUAUUCGAUCAUGUUUCAUAGAGUAGAAUUAAAGGCAUGACUGAUAUAAUGGAAUACAAUUCAGAAUAUAAUUAUAAAUUUUUUGAUACAACAUAUAGGGCUAUAUUAAAUAGUGAAGAGAGUCUAGUUAAUGGAUUGAUUAAUUUUAACAAAGAACGGGCUAAGACUAAUAACGGCAAAGCGUUGGCUCCACUUAAUUAUCAUCAACCAUAAGUUGACUCUCUCUUUUGUCCUUCGAUUUACAAAUAUGAAAAUUAAACUUAAGGAAUUCGAGUUCAUUAUCAGGAUAAUCAAUGGUUGCACUUGAUCAUUCCAAAAAAUAAAGUUAAUAUAUUCUAUUAAACAACUGAUAAUUCAAUUGUUUUGAAAGAGAGCUUUGCUGAUUCAAAAACUGAACAUAGAUAAGUUUAUUAAGAAAUUUGGUGCUAAAUAAAGAGCGUUAGUGAUUUCUAUAUUUGA